GUGGCGAUGGAACGAGAUCAAUAUAAUAUCAAAAUGUGUGAUCUAUUAUCCGACCGCAACACCUAUAGACGAGUUAGAACAAAUCCAAUAUCAACUCUACAAACCAAAAACAAUGAAUUAGUAAAGUGGCUAAACAACAACAAUUUCAUAGACGAUCGGGAAAAAAAUAAAAUGAUAACGUACACAGCACAACUUCCAUCCAUCUACGGCUUGCCGAAAAUACACAAGCCUAAUCUCCCUUUACGCCCCAUUACAUCGUCUAUGAAAGUGCCAUGCUAUGAACUUUCUAAAUAUGUAGGAAGAAUUUUACAGUGCGCGACAACAACAUCAAGCUACUCUGUAAAAAAUUCUUUUGAAUUUAUUGAAAAAGCGAAACUUGUGAAAUUUCAAAAUAAUGAUGUUUUAGUUUCAUACGAUGUUGUUUCACUUUUCACCAACAUUCCUACACAAUUAGCUAUAACCAUUGUUAAAAAAAGAUGGGAAACAAUAAAAGAAAACACAAAACUUAGCCAAAACAAGUUCCUUGAAAUUCUUGAUUUUUGUCUCAAGGAUAACAAUUAUUUACAAUAUAAAGACGAUAUAUACAAACAAAUUUUCGGAAUGCCCAUGGGUAAUCCACUGUCACCUACCAUCGCCGAUUUAGUACUCGAUUAUUUACUUGAUGAGUGCUUUGAAAAAAUGAUUGAAAAACCAAGAUUUGUUGCAAAGUAUGUAGACGACAUAUUUGCUGUAAUAAAUAAAGAUAAAAUUGAAGAAGUUCUUAGAUCCCUCAACGGUUUUCAUCCUAAAAUACAAUUCACCAUCGAAAUGGAGAAAAAUUUUGAAAUAGCGUUUCUUGAUGUAAAAAUUCGACGGCAAAACGAUUCUCUUAUGUUCAAUUGGCACCAAAAAGACACGGCAUCAGGAAGAUUAAUCAAUUUUCGUUCCAACCAUCCGAAACACAUAAUUCUAAAUACAGCUUCCAACUUAAUAAGUAAGAUUUUCACGAUAAGUGACACUUGUUUCCACAGAACAAACGAAGAAAAAAUAAUUAAAAUGUUGAGAGACAAUGGGUUUCCUUCUACCUUAAUACGCAGUCUUCUCUUCAAACAUAAAAAUAAAAUUCCCCAAACCAAAAAAGAUGAUCGUCCAACUGGCUACUAUAACAGCGUUAUUUUUGUACCUGGCUUAACGGAAAAUUUCAAAAAAUCUAUCGUCAACAAAACCAAAAAUAUUCUCAUGGCUUAUAAGCCCAACAUGACGCUCAGCCAUCUCUUCACAAAACUCAAAAACAAACCAGAGAAAGAUAAAGCUACAGAUGUGAUCUACAAGAUUAACUGCAAAGGAAAACCGAAUGAACCAUGCAAUUUGUGCUACAUUGGCACAACAAAACAAUUUCUCCGCCAACGCAUGUCUAACCACAAGUCGGACAUCAAAUCCAACAACCCUGGAAAAACUGCAUUAGCCAGCCAUGCAAUUGAGUAUGGCCACACUCCGGACUUCGAAGAUGUUAAAGUUCUCCAGACUGAACGACAUACGUCUAAACGAUAUACACUGGAAACACUGCACAUCAUUAAUAACAAAAACAACAUGAACCGAAAGCUCGACACACAAAACAUAUCAUCCGUAUAUUGUUCUCUUGUCUCAUAGUAAAUGUCAAAAAUAUUUGUUUUUUUUUUUUUGUUUGUAAUAAUUAAAGACUAAACUUCUCUUUGAAGUGUAUUUUGCUCAUUUUUAUUUUUUAAUCUUUGCUUUUUAAUGUAGAUUACAAUUUUUGUUAUAUUUUUAUGUAACUUCCCCUGAAGAAGACAGCAACCCCUGUCGAAACGUCGGGAAAAGCUAAUGGUUACUUAAUUGUUUCAUUACUACAACCACUGCGACCAAAAAAGCCAAAGGAAUAUAAGAUUUUAAUCUUUUCCACUUCUUUCGAUUAUAAACUCUAAAUUGGU